AGCUCUGUGAAGGCAUCUUCACAAGAGUAUUUGCAUCUACCACUUCCCGGUGAUCUGUAUUCAUUUUAUGAAAAACCCAUGCUGCUGCCUUAAGACGGAUGAUUAGGCCAGCAAAGCGACUGUCCAAUGGGUGAAAAUCCUGAGAAGCUGCUGUCCCUCAUCAGUUUUUCCAAUACAGGAUCUAACCUCUGGGCCAAAAUUGAUGGGUGCAAAAGACAUCACAGGCCGUAGCACCACCCAGGGCUUUGCACAGCAGCACGGUGGAGUCAGCGAUGUCGUAGUGAAAACCCCCUUCUAUCAGGUGUCCUGCUGUGGGCCUGUUUCUUGGACCAGUGGCUGCCACUCUCUGACCGAGUCUACUUGUAGCCGCCUGUUCUACAUCCUUCUCCACAUGGGAGCCUCAGCAAUCUGCUGCCUCCUACUUUCGAAGACAGUGGUAGAAAGGGUCUGGGGCAAAGCACAUGGGAUCCAGAUGCCCUCAGUGCUAUGUGCCCACCUGUUCGGCAACUCUGACUGUCCAGUGCUCAGUGGUUCUGGGGCUGUGUAUCGAGUAUGUGCGGGAACUGCCACCUUCCACCUGCUACAGGCUGUGCUGCUAGUCCGCCUCCACUCCCCCACCAGCCCUCGGGCACAGCUGCAUAACAGCUUCUGGAGCCUCAAGCUGUUGUUCCUGUUAGGUCUCUGUACCGCUGCCUUCUGCAUCCCUGAUGAGCAUCUCUUCCCAGCCUGGCAUUAUAUUGGCAUCUGUGGAGGCUUCACAUUCAUCCUAUUACAGUUGGUGCUUAUCACAGCCUUUGCCCAGUCCUGGAACAAGAAUUGGCAGACUGGUGCAGCUCAAGACUGUAGCUGGUUCCUAGGUGUGUUACUGGCCACACUAGGAUUCUACAGUAUGGCAGGUGUGGGAGCUGUGCUACUGUUCCACCACUACACACACCCUGAUGGUUGCCUGCUCAACAAAAUGUUACUCAGUCUGCACCUUUGCUUCUGUGGCCUCCUGUCUCUCCUCUCCAUCGCACCUUGCAUCCGCCUCAGGCAACCAAACUCCGGCCUCCUACAAGCCUCUAUCAUCAGCUGCUAUAUCAUGUAUCUGACCUUCUCUGCACUGUCCAGCCGUCCCCCAGAGACAAUAAUCUUUCAAGGACAGAAUCACACCUUGUGCCUGCCUGGCCAGAAUAAAAUGGAACCACAAAUACCGGAUGCAUCAGUAGCAGUGUUUAGUGCUAGCAUCAUGUAUGCUUGUGUACUCUUUGCUUGCAACGAGGCUUCCUACCUGGCGCAGUUAUUUGGGCCCUUGUGGAUCAUCAAGGUUUACAAGUAUGAGUUCCAGAAGCCCUCAGUCUGUUUCUGCUGCCCCCAAACAGUGGAACCAGAGGACGGGCAAGGGAGCAGGGCCAGGCCAGCUGACCAGGAGACCCCUCCAGCUGCUCAAGUGCAGAGCCAGCAUCUUUCCUACAGCUACUCUGGCUUCCACUUCGCCUUCUUCCUUGCUUCGCUCUAUGUCAUGGUUACCCUUACCAACUGGUUCAGCUAUGAGGAAGCAGAACUGGAGAAGACCUUCACUAAGGGUAGCUGGGCUACCUUCUGGGUCAAAGUUGCCUCAUGCUGGGCCUGUGUACUCCUCUAUCUGGGGCUGCUCCUGGCACCACUGCUGGCUCACCACUCGGAAUCACCACCACCCUAGCUAGUGUCUUUAGGCAACACUGCCGUGGCUUCAGUACUGCCACAUAAAAACUGGCUCUUGAUCUACAUUAACUGACUGGGAGACCCUUUAAUUACACUCUUAAUCUUAGCUCCAGGAGCCGCCCACUGAGCUCAACACCUCAAGGACAAAUGAGCAGUUAUCGCCGAUUAGGCUCAGUAAGUAUCUAAAUGAAAAGAAGUAGACAAACUACGGCUUCAUUAAAGCGAGAGUCUAACUCCCAAGGAAGUAAACCCAGGAGCCUUAGCUGAUCCUAGCUGUGUGGCACAAGCCCCGUUCUGGCUCCUGAGCUGGAGAUAGGGUCAGGGAAAGACCUACAGAGAUUGAAGAUUUGGGUCUGCUCUUGGCAAUGGAAAGGAAACAAGUGAUUCAGUCUGACUGAGCACAGGGGUGGAAGAAGCCCAGACCAGAGAACAGGCCAGGGCACAGGAAGAAAGGAGCAGCAGCUACCACACAUUUUAAUCCUCAUCAUGAGGUCAAAGAAAAUGGAAGACAAAAACCACCUUCAUUCCACGAGGAAUGACAGAAGAGAAUGUGAAUUCGAGAGCAGCCGACCACCGAAGUCGGUGAGCAGCAGGAUUUUUUUUGGCCAACUUUCAAGCAAACAAAGAAUGAGGAAAAGAGACAUAAACUUGGGUCUUAGAUCCUUCCCCUCUUACGGCCCUCAAUACCAUCCUGGGGAUGGUGUUCAAGGUCAAUGUGGGGGAUAAAAAAAUCACAGAAAAGAAGUCUCUAUAGUUCUUAGAGGAUUCCUAUGCCACAUAACUGGAGUGCUUUUCUGGUUGCAAUAGUUAAAAUAAAGGCUUCUUCUGUGAUGUUUUCCUUA